CGUUCAGCCCAACCGUAACUGGAGUGUACGAAAGUGGCACCGCUUAUACUGGAAGCACUUACAAUAUACAUAAAAGUGAAAAUUUGCCAUUAUUGUAUGUGACAUAACAAAUACUAUGUGACUUUCAAGUGAUAUAAAUAGAUUAAAUAUCUGGAAUCGGUCCAAGUGUAUUGUGAACCUUAUAAGUACUAGGGAAUAAUACCUUUUUAGUCUGAUAAUAUCAUGAAAAUUUUUAUUAAUUAACAAUGAACAAUGGUACGAGAAGAGCCUUGACGGGCUCAAUUCAUAAAAUUAGAGAAUUUGAGCUUGAAAAGGUGAGUUUAGUGGAAGAAUUUGACAUACUUCAAAUAGUUGGUGAGGGAUGGUUUGGAAAAAUUCUGCUUGUUGAGCAUAGAGCCUCGGAUACCGAAAUUGUUCUCAAAGCACUUCCAAAGCCAUAUGUCUCUAUAAGAGAUUUUUACAGAGAAUUUCAUUAUAGUUUACAUUUAAGUGCACAUAAAAAUAUUGUCACUACGUUUGACGUAGCCUUUGAGACAGCGGGAUUUUAUGUUUUUUGUCAAGAAUAUGCUCCAUUAGGUGAUUUAACAUCAAACAUGUUGGACACUGGAAUUGGUGAGAUCCAUACAAAGAGGGUAGCAAAGCAAUUAUCAGCAGCUCUAGAGCAUUUGCACCAACGAGAAUUGGUGCACAGGGAUGUAAAACUUGACAACAUUCUUAUUUUCAAGUCAGAUUUCUCUAGAAUUAAGCUCUGUGAUUUUGGUGAGACUAGAAAAGUUCAGUCAGUUGUUAGAAGAAGAAACGAAUGGUUGCCAUAUUCACCACCUGAAGUAUUGUCUUUAGCUAUGGAUAGUAGUUACAAAGCACUAAUUACCCACGAUGUUUGGCAGUUUGGAAUAGUUAUUUUCAUUUGCUUGACUGGAUGUUUACCUUGGCAAAAAGCAGCGUUUGACGACCCUAGGUACACAAGCUACUUCAACUGGUACAAUAGCUCUAAUCCUUUAAAAAAACAACCCAAACUUUGGAAAAUGGUAUCUUCAAGAGCACAAAAAAUGUUCAAGAAAUUUAUUGAACCUAGGGACUUUAGAAGAGCUACAAAUUUCCAAGAAUUAUCUCGUUAUUUAGAUGAUAGAUGGAUGGCCAAAGGAUACACAGACAGAGUUGCUGGGGGAGACAUCGAUGAAUUAUGUCCGUCGAUGUACAGUUUCCAUAGUGAUCCUAACGAAAAAAAUAUUCUCCUGAAACAUUUUCGUGAUAAUGGUAUUGAAACAACAGUCGAUCGUCAAGUUAAGAAACAAAGAAUAAGAGAAUGGAUCCAAAACAGUGUUAUUGAAGAAGCUGAUGAAGAGGAGGAGAGUUAUGAUCCCAGUGUUUACGACGACAGUGAUGUUGAGUUGGAAGAUCGGUCAAGACCUCAUCCAAUAGAUGAAAGUCACAGAGUGACCCUUCGUUACGAUACAGAAAAACAUAUUAACCCUAGAACUGGAGAAGUUAUUGAAGGAGUAAAACAUACACCUGCAGAAAAAAAUCCAUUAUCCUAUGACGUACAAAAUAUUGAACCAGUUGCACCUGUUAAUGUUGUUAGAAGAUAUGGAGUUAAAGAAGAAGGUUCUUCACAUAGUUCUACUAAAGAUAGCGCAUAUGGAUCAAUGGAAGUAAAAGUUAAUACAAAGACGAGUUCAAACAGAAUGGAGAAGAAACAAAUAUCUACAUUAUCCACCCCUGCAGAAAAUUCUCCCAGUCGAUCACUAGCAGGAUCGUCCGUUCAACUCAAUCCAUCACCCUUGACAGCACAUGCUCAAAGAAUUCAAAGAAGUGAAGAAGUGUUUUCAAAAGAAAUGGAAAACAUGAAAGGUAGUUCUUCAACUCUUCAUUCUGCGGGAAAUUCUUCAAGAUCAAAUAGCCUGCACGUAGCACGAAACAAUUCAUUAGAUAAUGGUUCUGUAGUAAUAACUGAUGUAGUAUCACCAACGGAAAAUGUUAGUUUAACAUCAAAGCCCAACGAUCCUGUAGUAACACAAAACGGAUUUAGUCCUGGUAAUCAAAAACAAACUCAGUCAUCUAAUCCAUACGUAUCCAUGAAAAGUUCUAUAUAUAAUGAGGUUACUAACAGAAAUGAGCAAAGAAAUAAUGUUGAUAAUUCUCUUAAGCAGCAGAACACAGAUAGUCCGUAUACAUCCAUGAUGAACAUUGUUCAGGGACAAAUGAAAAUUAAUCCUCAUGGCAAUGAGCUUAAUAGAAAUGUUGUUAAAAUGUCUGUAAAACCAUUUAGUCAAAGUAAGAAUAAAUAGAUGCUCAAAUUAUAAACUUAAAUCGUUACUUAUUUUUGAACCAAAGGAAAUUGAUUUAAUUUGAUUUUAUCCAUCCAUUCGUGAAGCUAACAAAAUUUACUCUCCUCUUACUUUUGGAUAUUCAACUCAGUGAUCAUGUUAUUUAGUAGAACGCUGUCUUCAUUUAAUCUCUCGAAACUAUUGCAUAUUAUUAUAAUCGUUUUCGUCCUCGCUGCGCCCUGGGAUAUUCAGUCCCCCUGAACGAUUAUAGCAGAGUGGGAAGAUCAUGUAAUUACUAAAGUACCUACUAGUUAUAAUAAGUAUAUAAUAGAAUAUUAUGUAACCAAUAUAAUAUUGGUUACCUAAUAUUCUUUAAUUUAAUAUAAUAUUUUAUUAAUUAAUAAAAUAAAUAAAUUAUUAAGGUAUUAAUUACUAUUCAAGAGCAAGAAAUCUUAUUGAUUAAUACCAUACCGCGAGAAAGUACUAAGUGUAAGUCUUUCUUAAUUUAUAUAUUUUUUAUCACAGAAUACUCCUGCGAACUGACUUCGCCAUCUCUGCCAGCACAAUAUUUAUGAAUGAAUAGUAUGUCGUGCUUGCUCAGUAUCCCCGAAUACUAAUAUUCGAUUUGAUAAAGAAGAAAGGAGAUAUAUCUUCUCUUCAGAGAAAAUAGAAAAACAAGGUUUUGGUCUGUGAUCUUCUCUUUCGAAGAACGUACUUUUUUAAUUGUAGGUGCUAUGAGUUUGUUAAAAAUUUAUAUUACUAUUUUUUUUAUCAAUAAGGUGAUAAUUCACACUUUGACAAUAAUAAAAAGACAUCGUUAUUUGUUCGGUAAAAUCACCGUGGAAAAUUUUUCAGUACCUAAUAUACAAAUUGCAUAUUCAUUUAAGUUGAUAUUUUUAUGACGAAAACUUUUAUAAGGAAACUUAAACCUUGCAAUCA